UGAAUCUCUUUGACUUCCUACGAGACUGACUUCCUUUCUUUUGUUGAUUGAAUAACGAAUAACUGACUGCCAGGAACUUUGGUGAGAUACAGAAGAAUAUUUGGAAGAUAACACGGAGCUUUCUUCUGAAUCACAAAUUCCACACUUGACGGUGGAAUACCACCUCCCUGGAAUUUGAGUGAAGGCGAUCGCGCUGCCCACUUGGAGGGAUUUAAACGACAGAACCUUCGACGAUCUGUGGGAGGAUCGAGAAUAAUGGGCAGGGGUAGUGUAGUGUAGUGUAUUUUGAUCGAUGAGAACCUUUGACGGGAAGUAUUCCGUCAAGAAUUCUUGGGUCGGGUCGGGUAUCUUGGGCGUCUUGUAGUUUCAUUAAGACGUGGGAUCCCACCGGCGACAGUAACAUCGUGGAGAGACGAAUCCCCAUAGCCGAAAGAAGCCCUGAACCACUUGUCAUUGAGCUGGUACACUCAUUUUUUUCGAAACCAGUGGAGCAAGUGUGUAGCAGCUGUCUAAUCACAAGCGCAAGGACAAACGUCCUCUUCUGUAAGGACUUUGUAAGGCCAUGUUUUAUCCACUGUGUGCACAUUAAAGGAAUCCGGAAGUAACCGCCCUCCAGAAAGACGGUCAAGACAGAGAUUUGCACUUUAUUCGGCGGGUAAAGGCAAGAACCCGCCGCCUUUCGCAGAAAUUACUAAUCCUGGUAGUUUUGGGUUUUAACAAAAAAUUGUUAUGGCUAUGCCGGCCGUGCCAGGCACGCUUAUUUAAAAGCGAUUAUGGGUAAUUAAUGGAAUGUAGGCUGUUCUGAUGAAUGAUUAUUCUAAACGGGUUUGUUGUGGGUAUGUAUAUCCUUGGGAAAGCCGCUCUGGUAGCGCUCACACACACAGAUAGCCACACGUACAGCGCAGGCUGGGCCAUGGCCGUAACAUUUGGGGGCAUUCCUAAUUUUUCGAAUCUCCUCCGUUCUACCGCGUCCCUCAGGCCCUAGAAAUGCAUAUAGGCCCCCCACUCUCUGUGCAGGUAGGCGCGAAUCCAUUCCAUCAUAUCCAACCACUGUUCCUGUUCCUCUAUCAUCAUCAUCAUCAUCAUUGUCAUUCACAUCAUCCCAUGGGCAUUCAUAGGUUGAUUCUGUGCUUUAUUCCCUCCGGAGUAGUUUUUAACCCCACAGAUCUUCAGCUUUGAGGCACCCAUUACCCGCUUUCCACUCUUGAAGCUUCCUCCUCUUUCCUUGCUUUCCGGACGCCUUAAUUGCCACAGAGUCGAGGCCGGGCGGCUUUUCUGUGGUGGGAUCUGGAGACAGCAGCCGGAUUUCCUUGAAAAUACUUCUCACCCCCCUCUCACCAAGUUUUUCGCUCCUCGCUUUCAGCAUGUCUGGCGGAUUCGAUAUGGGGUCGGAACAAUUGUGCUACGUUCACUGCAACUACUGUAACACUGUCCUCGCGGUGAGCGUUCCUUGCAGCAGCUUGUUCAAGGUUGUGACAGUAAGAUGUGGUAAUUGCACCAACCUUCUGUCAGUAAACAUGGCAACGUUGCUUCAGUCGCUACCACAGCAGUCAGCGCAGCAGAACCAGAAUAUUAGCGCAUAUGAACAGAACAGAGAUUCUGCGUCUUCUUCGAUCACUACAUGUAACGAGGGAGGUAUGAUGUCUUAUUCAGAAAGCGAGGAAAGCAGAACUUCCUCCUAUAGACAACCGGAGAAAAAGCAGCGCGUUCCAUCUGCUUACAAUCGUUUCAUAAAAGACGAAAUUCAGAGGAUCAAAACUGCUACUCCAGAUAUAAGUCACAGGGAUGCUUUCAGCAGAGCUGCCAAAAACUGGGCUCAUUUUCCAACCAUUCAUUACGGGUCGAUGAUGGAUAACCGCAAGCAAUCUAAAGUUUCAGAGUCCAACUCACAGAAUAACUGAAGACCCGCAAGAUUCAUGGAGCCUACCGUAUAGAGGAUGUUCUAAACGCAGAAGCUAUCUGCAAGUGAUUGAUUCAUGUUUUCCAGAUUUCUCUUCUCGCUGUCGUUUCCAAGCUUUCUUAGACAUGUUGCUGUAUAACUUAGAUUAAUUGUUGUGGCAUUGGAGCUCAGAGAUUCAAAGUUCUGUUUGCUUCCUUCCCCUUAUUGGUUGUGAUUAUCCAUCAAGCUAGAUGAAAUUUUCAGUUGGAAUUUGAAACCAAGAAAAACAGAAACCAGGCGCUGUUAUGCAUAUUCACUAUUACUGCAAAAUCUAUAGGCAGGAUUGUGGCACAAGGCAGUAAUGAAUAUGAAUGAAAGUUCCAAAAAAAACAAUUCACCAUUCUCAAGUCA